AUGGCAAUAAAUGAUAAAGGACAUUGUUGGAAUUUUCACUAUUGUUGUUGUUGCUGCAUUGCUGUUCCGUUAGUCCUGGCUACUAGGUCUCGCUGUUCUGAAAUUGUUGCUUUUGAUCCUGAAAUAGAGAGAACUUUGCACACACAACGUAGAACAGUCCAGGCUACCAAUAUUUCACCACCCACAAUUGAGUCUGAUUCUGAGUUUGACUAUUUGCAUAACUUGUUUGCUUCGGAUUCUGAACUUGAUUUUGCAAUGGCUGAUAAUAGAACCUUAAGGCAGUUAGUUGCUCCUGAUGUGAAUUACAAUGGUGAAGAUCCACACAAGCAUUUGAAAGAAUUCCAGGGUGCGGCAAAGGAUUGGAUUUAUUAUCUCGAGCCAAACUCAAUUGCAAGUUGGACAGCCCUGAAAAAAGUGUUCUUGGAAAGAUAUUUUUCUGCCUCCAGAGCUGCCUCAAUAAGAAAGGAGAUUUGUGGUAUUAGACAAGGCAAUGAGUCGUUGACCGAGUAUUGGGAGAGAUUCAAGCACUUGGUAUCUAGCUGCCCUCAACACCAGAUCAUUGAGCAACUCCUCAUCCAAUACUUUUAUGAGGGGUUGUUACCGAUGGACAGGAACAUUCUUGAUACUGCUAGUGGUGGAGCAUUAGUCGAUAAAACUUCAGCUGCUGCCAAAGCCCUUAUUGAAAAUAUGUCUCUUAAUUCUCAACAGUUCACCACUAGAGACAAUUUUGUGCAAAGCAAAGGCGUGAGUCAAAUUCAAGUUUCUUCCAAUAAAGCUUUAGAGACCAGAAUUGACGAACUCACUGCCUUAGUCAAACAGCUGGCAGUAGCAAAACCUCAAACAGCAACUUUGUGUGGCAUUUGUACUUCUCCUGAGCACCCGAUUGAUACUUGUCCUAUUCUGAGAGACGAGUCCAUUACUGAGCUGCCACAAGCUUAUGCAGCCAACCUUUACAAUCAAAACAGCCAACAACAGAACUCACCUCAAGUGGCUGCCCCUGCACCUUCCGGACCAUCCUUGGAGGAUCUUGUUAAGCAAAUGGCCGUGAACAACCUCCAGUUCCAACAAAGGACCGAUGCUAGCAUUCAGACCUUGAACACACAGAUGGGACAGCUUGCUACUCAAAUAAAUAACAUGCAAGCUCAAGGUUCGAACCAACUUCCAGCCCAGACAGUUGUCAAUCUGAAUGGUCCUAAUGCUAAUGUGAGCGCAAUUUCUUUGAGAUCCGGAAAAGUUACAGAACCAGCCCCUGAAAAAAAUAAAAAAAUCAUUGAGGUUCCAAAGUAUGCAAAAUUUCUAAAAGACUUGUGCACAAGUAAGAAAAGGUUGAAGGGCAAUGAGAGAGUAAAUUUGGGACGAAACACUUUAGCCCUUAUCCAACCUAAACAUUCACCUGAAAAAGCUACUGUUUCAUCCCUCAAUCAGGCCAUACCCCAAAACUGCAAGGAUCCAGGAACUUUUUACAUUCCAUGUACCAUUGGAGAUACAUACAAGUUUAAUCAUUCAACUAGCGAACAGAAGUAA